AUGGCAAAAAAGGAGAAGAAGCCAAAGGAGAAGAAGGAGAAGAAGAAGAAGAAGGAUGAUGGUAAGAAGGACAAGAAAGACAAGCACGAUAAAUCGCGGAAGACUUGUCGGAAGUUUGCGUCUGUCUGUGGACACCCUGUUCCAGUUGACAUGGUGAUGCAGCGAAAAGAAUACCUCAAAAUUCCCUUCGACCAAUACGAGGUGGAAUUCGAUGUGAGCAGUGGAAAUGACGCCGACGGACAAAUUCUCGACAACGACGCCGACCUCUACCUCUGUGUUUACGACAUCCGCAGUAAUCAGAGUUUAGCCUUCCUCAGGGAAAAGAUCCUACCCCAGGUGAAAAACUUAAACAAACCAAUGGCCGUCGCGGGUAUUGGUGUUGAAUAUCGUACUGGGAGUGGAAGGGAAGUCGUCGACAUUAAAACUGCCGAGCGACUUGCAACCCAAUGCAAAUGUCCAGCAACCGAGUUAGUCUCCUCCUCUGGGCCCCAAAUAGCGGCAGGCAUGUACGCUCUCACCAAACAGCUGGAACCGCAGGCCAAAGACGGAGAAGACGGUGGAAAAGACGGCAAGAAGGAAAAGAAAGACAAGAAGGACAAGAAAGACAAGAAGGACAAAAAGGACAAGAAGGAUAAGAAGGACAAGAAGAAGAAGGAGAAGAAGAAGAAAUAA